CUGUGUGCUCCAGGCUGUUCCCCUUGCAGUGCGAUGGCACUUGAAUAAUACUGCUUGAGGUGAUGGCAGUGGAGACUGGAGAACUCUGCAAGUGGGUGUAUGGAACUGACUGGCCCGCUGUUCCUCCAGCUCUCAGGAGAACCUGUUUCCUGCCUUAGCACAUCAGAGUCACUAGCUGCCUCCCGCUUCGGGUGGCAAAGGUCCUCUGAAACUCAGUAUCCAAUGUCCACCACUCCCUUCAAAGCCCUGAGAGCAUGAUGCUGGAUCUAAGGUAUGAGUAGGGUGUGUGCCUUGACCUCAGGAGAGCGAGGUGAGGGGGUUGGAGUCUCCCAUCUGCCCCCCCCAAACUGUCUGUGCCUAAGCCAGGAACACGGAUAGUGUCCACGGACAAAACUGACGGGAAUCCUGCAGCACUGCCGCUAGAACAGCCCCAUAGCUGCUAGUGUAAUGAAGGUGUUGUCAUUAAUAAACCUCCGGGUAGUGUAAUUUCCUCUUGGCUCCCUAGGAUUUUAACUGCAGAGGAUGGGGGUGGGGAGACGGAAAAGACCCUUUAGAUCUCUCCUGGCACUGAUUUUGCUCAGCUUUGUAAACAGCAUCUGUUUUGGCCUUUUAGCAGUUAAUUUCCCUCUCAGGUAUUUAUAGAGUCAUCCCCCUCCCCUUCUCACCUCUCCCCCCCGGACUUGCUGGAGGAGGUUUGAGGCACUUUGCUGUGUGUUUUUAACCUUUGGGACUUUUUUUUGUCCCGAUUAGGAAUUUCUCUGUGACCCCAAGUUCAGCGAUGAAGAAGAUCUGGAGGAGAAGCUUGCGGCGUUCAAAGAGAAGUACAUGGAGUUUGACCUGAAUAACCAAGGCGAGAUUGAUCUGAUGUCUGUCAAAAGGAUGAUGGAGAAGCUGGGGGCUCCAAAGACGCACUUGGAGCUGAAGAAGAUGAUCUCUGAAGUGACGGGCGGGGUCAGCGACACCAUCUCUUACCAGGACUUCGUCAACGUGAUGCUUGGCAAGCGCUCCGCCGUCCUUAAAUUAGUCAUGCUGUUUGAAGGAAAAGCCAAUGAAAACAUCCCAAAGCCUUCUGGUCCGCCUCCAGAGAGAGAUAUCGCCAGCCUUCCUUAAGGUGAUAGGCUGAGAGCCAAACCUGUUAGCAUCAUGGUGGUCUGUAAGGAGGGUUACCUGUUCUGUUACUUUUACGUUGGUCAGUCUUAGUGAUAGAAACUAAUCAGCCUUAGAAGAGGAAUGACAAGGGAAGCCCAGGGACCCCCAGUCCACAGGUCGCCAUCUCUUUGCUGCAUCCCCUAACCAGUUUCAUCUGUUUGAGAGACUCUGUAGCAAAAGUGUAACCGUAAAACCAAAAAUAACUGCAACCCCCCCGGUGGUUCUCAGGUGAGAAAUUGUUGAUUGUUCUCUGUGGUCUCUAGCAUGGAUCUUUCAGCUACAAGGGGCUGCCUCCUUUUGAACAGUGGCUCAGAAUCCACCUGUGAAUCUGCAUUCAGCACAGAGCAUCCUCCAGUCACGCCCAUGGGAAAUGGACAUGUCCUUAAUAUGGCCACAUUGCUGUCUGUGCCCUGUGUGGCUGCUGUUGAGUUCUGUCCUGCCCUAACUAGUAAAGUGCCUUCUCUGCUUUACUCUACACACACCAGCUUCUGGCUAGUUCUGAAGUUGAACAGUAAUUGUCCAGCCAAAUGCAAGUACAUCUUUCAUCCUUGUGGUCUGCUCUCCUAGACAAGGAUGGGAAGGCGGAAGUACAUUUGAGACUGGCUGGUUGGGUCCUGCCCAGGCAGUUGAGGACUGCCCUUUGGGGACACGGUGGGGGAAUGCUAGCCACUUUGGAGAAGGGCAAGUGGCUGCUGAGGCGCAGAGGCCUAGAGCCUGAAGAAGGAAUUUUAGACACCUCCCCACCCGACCCACAUACACCUACAUCCCAUUGAACAGUAGGGCCCAGUACCUGCUUCUCUGAUUCAUCCCUACAGUGUCAGGUCUGAGCCCAGUGCCUGCUGUUAAAUUUCCCCAGUACACCUAGGACGUUCCUCCCUGUCCCAGUUCUGUUGCCUUUUUCGUGGCCAAAGUGGACCCCAGUUAUAAAUCCACACCUUCCCACCUGACCUGGCAGUGGGAGAGCUCCCCUUAGCUCUCCUGCCAUGUGACCUCCUCUGUUUCCAUGGUGCCUAUAGCCUUGUGAAUGAUGCAGAAACUUCCUGUUUUACUGCUGGGAUUUGACCUUGUGUCCUGUGAAGCUCAUGAGCGGGUUAGAGGAGAAAUUAUAGUGUCGGGCUGGAUAUUUACAUCCUGCUAAGGUAGGUUAAGAGGAAAGGUGAGGGAGGCCUGUGCAUCACAGCCAUUGCUGCGAUACAGUAAAUAUCUGUGUGUUGCAUCUUUUGGAGCUUUAAGUCAAUACUCUAAGGAUCUCUUUUUUAAGGUAAAGAACUGGCCUUACUGAAUGCAUGCUAGACACUGGCUAUCCCAGGAGAAUAAAAUCAGACUUGAGAAACAUUCAGUUCUAGGAUCCACCGGAUCUGGUGUCAAACUGGGAUGGCUCUUUGGGUCUCUGGUGCCUUUAGUUGUUGAUCAGGAACAUGGAAGAAAGUUUCCCUGUGAUUUCCUAAACUAGGGUGCAAAUCCAUGAGAGACUGUGAGCUCCUGGCCCUACUAAAAUCAAUGGGAAUUUUGUUGUUGACUUUCUAAUGAGGCCUGGAUUUCCCCCCUCUGACUUGCAGUUCUAAGACACUGACAUCCACCUUUAUUUUGCCUGCCCAAGGUGUAAGAUUAAGCCCCAAGUGCAUGUCACAAGCAGUCUAAAAAUGGGCAAGAAUUGCCCUCACGAUCACAAUCGCAGGCCUCCAACCGGAAGAUGAUAAAGAACUUCCACCUGUGACUGGUGCAGGACAGACAGCAAAGUCCCCUGGAGGGUCCCUCUUGGAUCAAUAAGUCCUUGCCACUGUGGUCUCCUUUUUAGAAGCUAGAGAAACUAUUCUGUUCUGUCAUCUGUGGUAGAAGCUGUCAAUUCAUUGUCUGCUUAUAUUUAUAUAGUUAAAAUGAAAACUACAUAAUAUAUUGGGUUUGUUUUCCUUGUAAUGUGAAUAAGUGGUUGGCUUCUGAAGCUUGCAGACUCCCUCUUCUCCAGUGACCAAUCUGGUCAAUUUCCCUAGACUAAAUCCUGUUUUAACGGCCAGUUCCAAAAGCUGUUAUCUUGCACCUGAAAUUCUGGGGAUGGUGGGAGAAUGAGCCCAGCUAUUUUGCUUUCAAUUUUCACAGAAAAGGCCUGGGAUAUGCUGAAUCUGUAGGUGUAGGAAACGGAACUCCAGUCUGAGUCCUUAAGCUGGACCAGAAUGAAUUCUGGAUGAGUCUGUUUGUAUUAAUGCCCUCAAAAUCUCCCAAAUUAGGCCUUGUUCAACAAACAUAUUUCUUAUAUGCUUGAAUUUACUCAUAUGAGGAGUCAUUUGACUUCAGUGGGACUAUUCCGUGACAAAAUGGAACACAUGAAAGGGUUGGGGGGGUUUUUUUGCCUUUUUUUUUUUUUUUUUGGGAACAGGGAGCUUUUCU